UGUCAUGUCAUUGUCAAAUUGACAUUAUAAAUUUCCAUGCUUCUUGCUUUUUCUUCGGCAUUUUAUUUUGUAAAUCCUGGUUUACGUUGAGUUAGGUACCGCGCAUUUUCUAAAACUGAGUCUUUCCGAAAAAAUCUGUCAAUAUGUCUGAAGUUAAAAUCAAAGAGCUUCGUAGUGACAUCGAUGAACUGAAUGAAUUACUCAAGCAAGCCAAACGCAAAAAAGUUCAGGAUUUGUUAUCUCUCGAAAUCCGCAAAAUGGAGACGGAGUGGAUAAAGUUAAAAGAGAGUGAAAAUAAAAGUGCGCCGGUUGAUGUUGCCCCUUCCGCAUCCACAAGUGUACCAGUCCAAAGCAAGAGAUAUCAAAUUAAACUUAAUGGUUAUGGCUGGGAUCAAUCGGAUAAGUAUAUUAAAGUGUUUGUCACACUGAAGAAUGUGCAGUCAAUUCCAAAGGAUCAAGUUUACUGCAAACUGACGGACAGAUCAAUGGAGCUACAUGUUGAAAACCUGGAGAACAAGGACUACUUGCUGGUUAUUAAUAAACUGCUGGAACCCAUCAGUGUUGAAGAUAGUCAUUGGAAACAAAAAACAGAUAUGGUGGUAAUAUUCUUGGCCAAGGCCCAUCCAAAUGUGAAGUGGUCUCAUGUAACAGAGAUAGAGAAGAAAUUUGAAGACCAACGCAAUAGCCGCUUCAAACCUGAUGACAUGGAGACCAAGGAUCCCCAAGAUUCAAUCAUGAACCUGAUGAGGAAAAUGUACGAAAGUGGUGAUGACGAAAUGAAGAGAAUGAUUUCAAAAACGAUGUACGAGUCUCAACAUAAGAAAAAAACUGAUGUGGUAGAUUUAUAAUUUUAUCUUAUACCUUUUUUUCUAAAUAAUGGGUUAUUAGAAGACUGGUGAUUCACUAGUCUUCUAAUGGUGAUAGUUCAAUUGUUGGGGAUAUUUUUGAAAGAAUAUAAUAGGAGAUCCGAAAUACCAGACAAUUAAAUUCCUUUUUUGUGAGAUCUAAAAAUGUAGGGGAGACCAGGGCUGAAAGUGCCGGGGGUAAGUUGUUCCGAUGCAAAAUAUCUCGACAACAGAAAGAAUUAGAUAUGUGAUCAUAUCAUUUCGUAUAAUGCCUAACAGUUGGCCACAUGCGACAUAAUACGAUCACAUAUCUAAUUCUUUCUGUUGUCGAGAUAUUUGCAUCGGAACAAUUUACCUCCGGCACUUUCAGCCCUGAUUGAAUAGAUUGAUUUCAAAUCAAAUUAAAAUAAACUACUUAAAAAUAAUCUUUUUUGAGUUAAUUUCAAGAAAUUAUGUAAUUGUGAAUAGUAUCUGAUCCCCUAUUGAUUAAAAGC